AUUGAUUGCCUGUUAGUUCGUGUCUCUCAUCCUAUAGUAGACUAACUAUCGGUUCUCUCAACACAUCAUUCGUUGAAAUCAUUUGACAACAAAUCUCAUCAAAUAUUUUGGCAAAUAUUUGAUGUAAUCAUCAGUUUUGCAAUAAUUAUUGUCAACAAACAAAAUCUGUGACAACAUCUGAUCGGACAGUCUUAAGACGUCGUGUCGACCGCAGUGACCACUCGAUAUGUCCGACGGCUAUAACCAUUCGGUGGACACCAAUGUCGCCAAUAAUAGCGAAGCCCAACAAAUGCUCGACAACUUCUGGCACCGAGAGAUAGAUAACAUCAAGAACUUGGGUUUGAAUGACUUUAAGAAUCAGGAGUUGCCAUUAGCUCGGAUUAAGAAGAUUAUGAAAUUGGAUGAAGACGUUAAGAUGAUAUCAGCCGAAGCGCCCGUUCUGUUCGCAAAAGCCGCUGAAAUAUUUAUUACAGAAAUCUCAUUAAGAGCUUGGAUUCAUACAGAAGAUAAUAAAAGACGAACACUGCAGAGGAAUGACAUAGCGAUGGCCAUCACAAAGUACGAUCAGUUUGACUUUCUUAUUGAUAUCGUUCCCAGAGAUGAACUAAAACCAACCAAACGUCAAGACAACGAAACUCUCCGCUCAGCGGUCGCCACAACGCAAGUACCUCCAGAUCAGGUGCAGUACUACUUGCAAUUAGCACAACAACACAAUCAGGCUCUUCAACAUCAGGGCCAACCAACUCAACAAAUUCAGAUCUUACAGACCGGUACCGCACCUGGAGGUCAGCCACAAUUUACUGUAUCACCGCAAUUGGUCCAAGUGCAGAUGCCGACCAAUGCUAAUAAUGCUGGAGGUGAUGGACAGAACGUGACCGCAUCGGCAUCACCUCAAGUACUCCAAAUCUCUGCACCAAAUGCUUCAGCUAAUACACAACAGAAGGCAGGAAUUCAAUUCAUUCAACAGUUAGUUCAAACCAAUGGAGGAGAGCUGGUUCAACAACAGAUACCAAUUCAAUUAUCUGCUCAACAAAUUCAAGCAUUACUUCAGAGUCAAACAGGAGGUCAGGCGGGAACUAAUCAACCAAUUAUAUUGACUUCACCGUUACAACAGGCAGUUUCAUUGCCUCAAUACCAAAUUGCUACGAGUGGUGGCACUCAGUACCUCCAAACYGUUGUUUCGGGCGCAGCCACUAAUGUGACCACUGGUUUGACAGCACAUCAAACCGAUAUUAACUCAUCCCCACAAUUGGACGAAGAGUCCAACGAGACUUAACGCACUUUAUAUAUAUUUUUUAUUAUAAAUCUCACAAAACUGUUACCAAAUCAUUGACUCAUUUUUAAAU